CUUCUCUUUUUCUGCUUGUUUGGCUCGAGCUUUUCGCUCUGCCACUAACAUGGUUGCUACCACCCUUGAAUCUAAAGAUACUCUAUCGACAAAACAUUGGAGCAGUAAGGCACAUGUGGAUGAGUUGAAGAGAAUAGGAUGCUUGGUGUUAUAUGAAGUUGAUGUAGAUGACAUGGACCAGCAUCCCACCCUUAUGUGCAUGAAAUUUGAUAUUAUCAUCUUCAACUUUCCUCAUGCAGGCCAUUACUCCUGGCUAUGCGAAAGAGACGAUGAGCUCAUACAAAAGCACAGGGAAUUGUUGAAAGCAUUCUUCGAAAGUGCCCGUGGGAUGAUCGGCGAAGGCGGGGAAAUUCAUGUUUCACACAGGGAUGACUACCCCUAUAAUCAAUGGAAGUUGAAGGAGCUUGCUGAGAAAGCCGGCCUGGUUUUGAAAGAGAAAGUGUGGUUCGAAAAGUCGGACUACCCUGGCUACCACAACAAGAGAGGUGGAGGCAUCCAGAGCAACAAAAAAUUUCCUCUCAAAGAAUGUUACACCUUCAAGUUUUCUCUGAAAUCUGAAUUCACUACUCAUGAAUUAAUGCCUUCUAGCAGCCAAACAACCAGCAUUCUUGAUGAUGAUAUAUCAUAUGCUUUAAAUGGUAUGCAUUUGAAGUAACAGCCAUAAAUGUAUG